AUGGUCCAGGAUAAACUAAGAAAAUUGGAAGGAAGAGAAGGGUGUUUUCCACUUCAUUCGCGCGUAUGUGAAUCGCAUCGAAACAAUGUGAAUGAUGAACUAGGCCGAGAAAAAAAAGAGAAGAAGAUAGAAAUAGAAAGAAAACACGACGACGAGUUGAACGGCCACCGCUUAGAGCUCUCGGCAGAAAAUGGAGUUGUUCCGGUUGUCAUUAAUAAACAAUGGCUUGAUUCGGAAAUUUCCUUUCAUUUUGAAAAAAAAUUCUCUUUUCCGACAAGAACAUACACUUUUUUUCAUCUAAUCCAUCAUAUCAUUGUCCUGUCCCUGUCAGCCAUCAUUUUUAAGAAAAUCUAG